GGGACCUGCUGGUGCAGACGUUGGAGAGCAGCGGGGUGCUCAAUAAGAUUAAGCCGGUGUUCCCGGCUGGGGCUCUCUUUCGGCCUCACAGCCUGGUGGUGGCGCCUGAUUUCUCCGUGCUGCUCCCGGCCGCUGGGUCUGGGGCUUGGCGAGGAGCCGGGUCCGGCGCCUGCUGUGCGUGGUAGAGCUGGUACGCGCUCGACGCGGAGCUGAGGGCCCGAGGCCUGACCGGCGCAUGAGGUCUGCCCGGCGGCCGCAGGAGUGGUAAGAUCGCCCAGGCGGGGCGACCGGGGGGAGCUCCCGGCCGCCGCAGGGAGUGCGGCUGUGAGGUUUCUCCCUUGUAGGUACCGUGCGGCCGCAAGAGCUCUCUUGCUGUUGCCAAACCCGCUGGAAACGUUCAGCCGCCGGGAGGUGUGGGGCAAGGUGGAUAGUUUCUCUCUGCUUCGAUACAAAAAGCCCCUAUUGAAAAUUGCAAACGAGUUUUUGAGAGUCGCUAUUUAAACAUUAUUCUUCUUGAGCGUGGGUUGCUUGAGCUGUGUCUUGAAGGCUUGCUAAACCUGGAAACUCUAUGGGGAUGCUGCCUGUCUAGGGAGAACAAAUAAUGCUAUGCUAAGAAAAUAUCUGGAAAAUAGUGUUGUAGUGGAGCAUACGCUACUUCUAAGCCUGUUGUGUACCCUGGGCUUGUGUCAGAAAGGAUACGAAAAUUGGUUCAUUGGAUUCUUGUUCAUGUUAGAAGCUUUCGGUGGUAAUUAUUGUGUAUAGCAAAGAGCCAUACAAAUACGGAAGCAUCACAACUGCUAGAUUCCCUUCCAAGCUAAAGGAGAAAUGAAGUUUGGAUUUCAGAGAAAGGGUGGUGGCAUUUAUCCACAGUGUUCUAUUUUAAGCUGUCAAGAGGUGGAUGAUCCUUGCUGAUAUUUCAGGAACAGUUCAACAACUGAAGUGGUUAAAUGGAAGUGAGACCAUCUUUGUGUACUUUGAAGUCCACCAGAUUUUGGGCAAGUUGUCAUACUUUUCAAAAAAUGCUGUUAUUAAAAAUGUAGUGUUCUUCCAUUUCAAAUGGAUGAUCCUUAUUUAAACUACGUAAGUAAAUGAAGAUUCUAGCUCAUGUAACUGUGUUUUGAGUAGGGAGACCUUUUUCUAGCUGUCAAAUAGGCCUUUUGGGCCACUUGUUAAUCUCUCUUAUAGUGUUAACCAAUAAAAGUAUGGUGGUAAUAAAAUAAUAAUUAAAUAUCACAAGCCAGUUAGGUCAUACUGAACAUGUAAGCUGUAGUUUCUUAAGUCCUGCCUUUGUGUUUUUGUACUGUGGUUUCCAGUUUGAGUUUUGUGUAAAUAUAUUUAUCGUAGUCUUCACUAUUCUGUAAUGCUGUGUAGUAUCCAAUAUGGCGUGAGGUAUCCUUAAGGCAAACUAACAAAUAACUUAGAAAAAUACAAACUGCAUCCUGCUUACCAGGUGAUGUCUCUCUCUAAUACUAGGAGUUACUGUUUUAAUCAUUGGUAUGCUUAUGGCUAAGGCUGUUCGUUUGAGGAAUCAUGGUGUUUCUUCUUAGCUGUAAACCUUAAUUGGCAUAUGAGUUUGACUGUCUGUUCAUUGAUAGCGUUAAUGACUUACAGAGUUUGUUCUGCUAGUACCUGACAAAAAGCCCAUUAUCUUCCAGAAGAAUUAAGGUUGAACAAGUCUUCUUAAAUCAUAAACUUUUAAUUGAAAUUAGAUUAUACCAUGCAUUAAAAAAAAUUGCCAUCAUCCUUUCAUUAAAGUAAAUUAAACAUAAAGAAACACUGUUGUUUUCAACUAUCUGUUGUGUCAGUAGUUUUUUUUAUUAUGUGUUAAACUGAACAUUUACAUUAUCAAAACAGUUUAUAUUUCAGAAUGAGUACUGACCAUUUUUUCAAGAUGGAUGACGCUAGAAAGCUAACGAUAAUAUAUUUGAGACCUACUGAAGUAGGUAUAUUAAAGAGAAAAUAUAUAUGGUCAAUAUAUAGCUGAAUUGGUAUGAAGCACUAUCGAUAAAAGACAGCUCUGGAAGGAUUAGAAUGCAAGGGGAAUCAGUGGAUAGAAUGUAAAAGGCUGUCGGCUAAUAUAUUUUGUAACAUAAUGACUGAAUAAUUUUUGGAAAGAAACUUAUGGUGAUGCCUUUGUUAUCUAAUAGAACAUUUUUAUAAUGAGUUGCAGUUUGUUAUUUUGAGGUUAAUUUCUUUGGCACAUUGGCGUUGAUGUAAGUUAUUCAGCUGAAAAAAGUUACUUGUAUGACCUUUUAAAAAUCUGUUCAUGAUUUUUUUUUUUAUUUACCUUAGACUUUGAGCACUGGAGUAUUGAAUGAAGUCAUAUUGUGAAAACUGGAAGAUGUGUAAACAUAUUUGCCACUUGCAGUUGAGAAUUUCCUGUCUUCUCUAAGCUGCAGUGUGUGUAUAUAUAGAUACUUGUUAAUCAUUGGAAUUAAUCUGAUGGAUAAGGCUGCUUCUUAAUGACUUCUGUAAACAUACAGAAUAUAAUUGUCGAUAUUUGUACUUUAGUGCUGAUAGUGUGUGAUGCAUGCUGUACAAAUAGAGAUCUUGUUCUUUCUUGAAGAGAAUGUGAUCUUUCUCCUAGAGAAGCUGUCAUCAGAGCAAGAAGAGCCAUUAUGCUUCUUACUGUGUUUCUUUGUUAUCUUAUUUUGUUUUGGUUUGUAUUUUUUCAUCUCUUUCUGGAAAAAAUAAGUUUGUGCCACCUGAAUUUUGCAUCUUCUCUGGAACCUGCUCUCAGUACAAAUAGGAGGGAGAUUAGUGUCACCAAUAUCAUAUGACUAGUAAUGCUUUUGGCCAGCUGACACUGUUGCUAAUUUCUUGCUAAUUUGGUUCAAAACCUAGACAGCUGAGGUACUGGCAAAUAAUAUGUUGUUAAAUAGAAUAAAAUUACUAUUUUUUAAAAUGGACUGUUAACUGCAUGUGCAUAAGUCAGUUAAAAUUGUCCUAUUUGCUUUUUCAUCUUCAUUCCACGUAUUAUAAUGAACAAUGCUUUUAAAUGUCUUUGAGUUAUUAACUGUCAUGAUGAGCAUGCUGUACACUACAGUGUAAUCUCCUGUUUUUUGGGCAUCAUGGGGUUUGUUUGUUUGGAGUUUUUAAAGCAAUUCAUAUCAUAAAGAAUUAAUUUCUUGGAGUCAAGAGGUAUCAUGAUUUUUUUUUUACUAGUAAGAAUAUAUUCCCAAAUCAGAUUAGUGUUUUUGAGAUGCCACCUGAAACGUGUUUGGGGAGCUCUUGAGAUAGUAAGAACUGUUUUCCCCUUUCCCAGAGAACUGCAGACUGAGGGAGCCGUUUUCCCGUACAGUACGCUAACAGCUCUGUAUUUGGAACAGGAUAUACUUUUGUUUCAAAAUUCUGACCCAUACGCUUACCCACUGAGUAUGGACAGCUGUCGUCAUAUACAGUGUUAGCCAGUUUUAAUGAAGUUCAGUGAAAUCAAAUUGCUGUCUCAUUGGUAUGAGCUCUUGCCUGGUAAAAUUUCUUAGGGAUAGAAGGGAAUGAGCACCUUCCAUAGGGUGAGAAAGAAGCCUGUGAGUUUGGGGGAUGCAAGAGUGAUAGACACUGUGUCGCAUUACUUGUCAACAUCUGGGUUUAUUGGUGUAACCCUGUCUUAUUGAAGACUUAGGAAGGAUAUGGGUGGGGAAGUUGAAUAUCAAGCUAUUUUAUUCACUAGACUGUGAAUAAAAUUCUUCAAAAUGUAUUUGGAUUAUGUUGAAAACUGUUAGCAGAAUGAGGCAAUGUGGAAUAGAGGGAUGCAAGAGCAGAUUGUAACAACGUAUGGAACACAGAUUGGGCUGGUGCCUAAAGGUACUAGGGCAAAGACAGGUGCAAACUGCUCACACUUCUUUGAGGAGGAAAAAAAAGGAGGUGGGGAGAGCACUAUGUAAAUGGAUUCAUCUGUGCAGUUAUAUAAGCCUCUCUAUCUGCUGGUGGGAGCAAACUGCAGUGACCAUACCUCAUGAAUGUGGUUUCAGUCUGUGUGACUUGUCUUGGGUCCUGAAAAGUUUAUAUGACAUUGACUCAUACUACACAGUAGGAUGGACACCUUCUUGUAUUAGGUGAUUUUUCCUUUGGCCUCAGCUUUUAUUGUUGCUUUUUAAUUUCUUCCUCAUGAACUUGAGAAUUACUGCUUUAACCUCACACAGAUUCAAGUGUAUGGUUCCAUGUCUAAAUUCAUUGAGAUGGUAUUUUGAGAAUACCUUGCUAUGAUCUGAGCAGUACCCACCUCAAAGGAUGAAGGUCAGUGUGUUGGAAUGGUGUAAACCUUCCUUGUGGAGAUAGCACAGGAGUGCUUAACAUCAAACUUAUCAUAAUGCUUGCAGGAUUGAAGGACCAAUUGGAGGGCUGCUUAUCUGUGGAAAGGCUGUAGGGUGGUAUUCUAGAUGAUGCAGGUGAGACAAGGGGAGAUGUAGUAAAUACCAGUGGCAUUAUCUUCUAGUGAUGAGGUCCUGACCUUAAGGGUAUUAAUUGGGCAUUAAUGGAAAUCAAGGUGAACCUGCUGUUAAUGAGGAAUGGCAACAUGAGGCAGAAAUUCACACUCUGUCAUUAAAUAAACGAGAAGAGGAAGAAAAGCACCUCAGUCCGUAUUUAAAAGCCACUGGGUUUGACCUAGAGGAGUGGAGUAGGUAAUCAAUCAGUUAUGUGAAAAGGAAUGACAGUUGUGAUAUUGUUCCAAAACCUCAAAUAUGUCAGACUCUGGAUCAGCCGAUGUAAUGGCAACUACUUUCAGACAACUUUGUUCUACAGGCUCAUGAUCUAGACCCUUAUGGGGGUUUACCCUUACCCCUGUGUAAUGGCUGGUGUCUUUUAUUUUGAACAGUUGUAAUAGCCAGUCUGUUUCACAAAUGCUUUGUUAUUGUCCUUUUAUGUAAGUACACUUGGUUUCUGUGGAAUUGGUGGAAAAGAAAGUCAGCAGUGCAACCACUUGAAGUUUUUCAUAGUGACAUAAGAUUAAAUAAGUUGUUAGCUGUUUGGUUGGAAAGUUAAAUGUAAACUGAUUUUCUAAGAAUAAUACUUAAAUUAAUGGGUUGUAAGAGGAUUUGUUGAUUGAAUGCUGUAUCCCACCACCUGAAAAAUGUAACUGCAGUGUCAGUGUGACCAUCGCAUACAGUUGUGGUAAGCAUUUUACAGUUCUCUUGCUGGGAAAUCUUUUUAACUUUUUUGCAUUACUUUUUGUCCUUUAAAAAGGUGUCCAAAGAGGGUUAUGCAUAAAAAGGAAGUGUUUAUUUUAUUUUUCCUGUGAAAGGAUUUUUUUUGUGGGAGGGAACAGUUACAGGAUAACCCAUGUUUAUUUACCUUUUGUAAUAUACAUGAGAAAAUCCAGACACUCUUCAUGUUGUUCUUAGUUAUGGAAAUCAGUCUUUCUUUAAAAGUUUUUCUUCUUUGCUCUUGAGAAAACUGGCAUGCAGAGUAGUGCUGUCUUACAGUUUAUUACUGCAGUGUUACUGGCUGCUUCAAAAUGUCAGCUUAAGAGUUGAUUAGUGGCACACUACUUCAUCAAAUGUAUGUUGUGCAUUUGAUAUGCUCAAUGAAAGAAGCAGAGAGACUGCAGUGUUUAAAAAAAGUUUAAAAAGUAUGCAAGGCUUAACCUUAGAUAUUCAAAAUAGUCCUCAGAAGAAUUCUGAUCCUUGAUAUCGAGAUAAUCAAAAUCAGUUAGGUAAAACCUCACUACAAGAAUAUUUGAAUGACUGGAAUCAUACUCUUUUCUUUGAGAAAUUUCAUUUAUUUGAGUGAUCUGUCAAGAAUCAUAGGAAUCUGUAUAUUUUAAGUUUUUAAAAUGUAUUAGCACAAGCUUCAAAGGUUCAUGUUUCCUGGACAAAGUCUAAAUGAAAAGUAGGUGUUUCAAAGCUGCCUGAAACAGCUGGAUUGUUAACUCUCAGAAGAAACUAAUAGGAGAUAAUGUAGGUAAUUUUGAAUCUUUUUGUGUAUGAAGAAAUAAUUUAGGAUGUCUUGUAUCAAAUCCCCCCCCCCUCCUUGUUCUCAUACUGAAAACUUCUUUCUCAGCCUCAAGUCACAUUGCCUGUUACCUUAAAUGUUUUAAUUGCACUGAUGUGGUUUACAAUCAUGCCAAGUUGCUUGAGGAGAAAAAAAUAGUAGUUAAGCUACUUGUUGAUGCUUAGCAUUCUAUUUGCAUAGGGAAAACAGUGCUUGUAGAAAUGCUGGGUUUUGUUUGUGGGUUUUUUUUUAUUUGGCAGGCAGAGUUGCGAGCAGCUGUUUUUUUGGCAUUGGAAGAACAAGAGAAAGUAGAGAACAAAACACCUCUGGUAAAUGAAAGCUUGAAAAGUUUUUUAGGUACAAAAGAUGGUCGCUUGGUAGCAGGUCUUGUUGCAGAAUUUCUACGGUUUUUCAAUCUUGAUUUUACGUUGGCUGUUUUUCAGCCUGAAUCAAGCACGCUAAAUGGCCUUGAUGGUCGAGAAAACUUAGCUCGAGAUUUGGGAAUUAUAGAAGCAGAAGGCACUGUGAGUGGUCCCCUGUUGUUGGAGGUUGUUAAAAAAUGUCAACAGAAAAAGACUUCAGGCAGUGGAGAAGUGGCUCCAGUUCUAAGUGAUAGCCUCUGCCCUACAUCAAAAUCAUCUGAUGGAAGAUCAAGUAUGCACCCUAUACCAAAUAAGACUGCUGAAACCACUCAAAGCGAUACAAGUGUCUCGUCAGGGGAAACAAGCAAAAGAAGCAUUCAUUUUCUGCCUAAUGAAAUAAAACUAGAUCCUCAACUAGAAAACAAAGACUUAAAUACCAAAGAAAAAAGUGAUCCAGGUGUGGAUGAAGAUGAUGUAGAGGGAGAUUCUUUUUUUGAUGAUCCUAUACCCAAGCCAGAAAGAACUUAUGGUUGGAAAACAGAAGCUAAUAAAGCAGGAGGUCUAGCAUCCCUUUCUGAUGCACCGCCUCUAAAAAGUGAGUUAAGCUCCCUGACUGGUGCACCUUCGCUAAAGGAGCCUGAUAACUUGAAUAGAAACUCUGUUUUGAAAGACCUGCGGUUGGUGAAUGCAAAACUGGGAUCACUAGAAUUAGGAACUGGAGAUGAUGAUGAGUAUGCUGAUGACUUUAACAGUACUAGUCAUCGCUCAGAAAAAAGUGAUAUCAGUAUUGGUGAAGAAAUUGAUGAAAUUUCUGUGGAAACAGAAGAGUCAAAUGCCAGUGAUAAACUUGAAGGCAUCACGCAAGACCUUACCAUUUCUCACUUAAGCGAUGUUGCAGAUUAUCUAGAAGAUGUGGCAUAGAAUUGAACAGCAAAAAAUGUUUCAUUGUGCCGGACUAGAAGACUGCUGUGGACUGUUAAAUUCAGACAAUCACUUUUUGCUGGAACGUCCACUCCCUAUUUGUGCCUUGUGUUUCAAAAAGACUGUAGGUGGAGAAGGCUUUUAAAUAUUCUUAACAAGAACUAAAUGAAAUAGUGAGUUCCCGUUUGAGUCUGAUAUCAGAAUUAUUUUCUUCGUUUGGUUUAGCCAAACCUUUUACAGCAGGAGGUGGAUUUUCCAAGCAGAAUGUCCAUUGCUGGCAGUGGGCAUAAUAAAAACCAAUUGAUAAGAGAACAUCUACAGAGAGUCAUGUGGCUUUAUAAUGAACUUGCACUGUUAUUGUAACAGUCUGCUUUUUUUUUUUUUUAAAGAUAACCAAAGCAAGAACUUUCAGAGGUAGUGGUUCAACUCACACUUCUUUUAACGCAAUUUUGUCAAAUCAGUAUGUAGUACAUAUUUAUGGUAACUCUAGCCACAAUACCUAAUUGCUCCAGACUUACUUGAAACUGCUGUUUUUCAGACUCUUCUGAAAGUUGGACUUUAUUUUUUUUUUAAAGGCAUAUCAAGUUGAGAGUAUCUAAACUCUCAAAUCUAAAUUUAGCUAAAUUUAGAAGCUAAAUUUAGCACUAGUCUUAACUCUGAAUAUUCUUGUUUAAAUACAUUUGUCAGACCAUUGAUGUUAGGACCUAAGCUGGUUUUAUAUAUGAUAAUUUCAUCGAUGUUAUCUGUAAUCAUGAAGUAAUUUUGUAAAGAUCCACAAAUCAUUAACUAAAUCUUAUUGCUUUUUGUUAAGUUUUUAACAGUGCGGUAAUGGUUUGUGGAGCUUUUAUUAUUGAGGAAUCUUCAUGUGCUGUAAGCUCACUUUCAUUCUUGAAAAUCCUUGUUACGUAAAAAUGAGCGCCAAAAAGUGAAACCGCUAACCUUCUGUUUUUCAGAAUCUGACUACUGUACAGAAUUAAAUCCAAAUAUUUAAAAAUAUUUUACCGAAGACAUUAUGGACACUAAGUUCUAGCUAAGAGCAAAUUCUUGUAUUUUCAUUAUAGUUUUGCAAAACAGGGUCAGUAAUGGAAACAUUGACAGUUCCUUAACGAUACUGUUGUACAUGGCGCUGCUAUAAUAUAUAGGUCAUGGACAUUUGUAAUACUGAAAUGACUUCAAAAUGUGCACUUUCUGAACAUUGUGAACACAUUUGGAAAAUAUACAUGUAAGUGAAUAUAAAUAACUUAAUUUUUUUUAGGCUUUGUAAUUUUUUUUCAGGAACACAGCUGGCCUCUCAUAAACGGUCAUCACAGUGGAAGUAGCAUGCUAAACUAAAGCCAUUGGUUAAGCAUAUAGAGCUGCUAUGAGCAUUGGAUGCCAACUUCAACCUCUUUCUGCAGUGGGCCAGCAGGCAUGGAGCAGUGUUGAGAAGUUAGGCUUGUACAGUACAUAAAUGAUUUGAGACGAGAGACGAAAAGUGUGCCUUUUAUAUAUGUGCACCCCAAAAUAGCCAGCAAAAAAGCAUCAGAGUAUUUAGUCAUGAUGUUAACUUCUAACCUUGUGCCAUACUGUAGCAGCUGAACACAGAGGCGAAUUUUUUCAUCCCCAAAAAAAUCAAUGUGCCAUAGACUUCAAAUAGCAACAAUGUUGCAACAUAUGCUAUACCCUGUGGGGGGGAAAAAAAAUCCUUUACAUAUGGGGGAACCUGUCCUUCAAGAUACUAUGUAUGACAAGUUUGUUUUGGGCUUUUUUGGUUUCUUUUUUUUAAGAGCAGCAACCGCAUAUCUGAAGGAAAUAAAAAUUCCACUCACACCUGGGAACAAUUGAUUUCUGGCAUUCAUUUUUAAGAUGUAUGGAAUAAUGUAGAGGCAGUGUUGUUUGGGUUUUUUUACAUGUCUUGGGAAAACAUGACAUUCUGUUACUUCUUAGCUGUAGAAUAUGUGGCAAUUUAUCAUACCAAAAGAAACAAAAAUUUCAUUAAACUAUUUCUAAUUGCAUUUGAAGAUGUUGCCUUUUAAAGAGCUAAUUAGAUAUUUUAAGUGUUAACAUGACUUUCGUUAACAACAAAGUGUUGUUCUGGUACCUUGGGAGUUAAUUGGAGACAUUGCACUUUGGCUCUAAUUUAAAGAAAUGCCAAAAAGUGGUAAGUCUCCAUGCUCCAAGUUCCUCCCAUGGGCUUUUACUGAAUUGUGUAUAAUAAUUCAAAUUGCAAAAUAAAGCUAUUGUGCUGGCUAAA